AUGCCAUGCGGCUAUCGUACCUCUCCGCGGCAGCCUGCGUAUGCGCGGGGGGCGGGCUGCAGUUUCCACUGUGUUCGUACUCCCGCGGCGCAUGGCAGAGCACCAGGUGCUGUUGCUGCUGCUGCCGCUGGAGCCUCCCCAUCCAUGCUGUCAUCUCUGCCAGAGGAGCCAGUGACAGAGGCUGCAUAUCGCCUAAGCCCGCAGGAGGUGCAACGUCGUGCGCAACAGGUGCUAACGGCGCAGGUGCGCAGCUUGCUCGAGGCGCGACUCCAAGAACGCUUGCGGCAAACCCGCGUCGCACAUGCACAGCGAAACGCGACACGCAGCCCCCCAACCCCACCCGCGCCGUUGCCUGUGCCUCCUUUCGACACCCACAUGGCCAAUACCUGGCCGAAUAGUGCCUCUUUUGACGCCACUGACGGGGCUAGCGCUGCACCUACCCCUGCUAAGCUGGAGUCGCUCUACGAGGAAGCCUCGCCACUCAUCACCGCGCAGAUGUCGACGGACGGAGGCACUGCCGGCGGGGCUACCACGCGUCCGGGCGCGACCGCCGCUGCAUCAGCGGUGCACUCCCCGGCGGAGAUGUCCAUAACUGACGUGAACGCGUACUCGGCAGUGGAGCUGGUGCGCGUGCACCGCCUCAAGGGUGUGCCGAACCACAACCGUGGCCUCUUCGCCGGCUUUUCAAGGCGCUAUUUUACGACUCGCAGCGGGCACUACACGGUUGGCCGAGGCGGCGAGGGAAACCGUCGCGUGCGGUCGGGCGUCUCUGGGUUUAUGUGGAACGCACAACGCCACUCCGGCGCUGUCUCUACCCCCCCGCCACGGCUCACGAUGCGGUCCCUCUUUGUAGAUAACCGAAUCCUGUUUGAGUGGACGGAGAGCGACUCUUCGUACGGUGUGCAGAAAGGUGACGAGUCCAGUGGUCAGCGCGAUGACGGGACGGUGUUCUCCGACACCUUUGACAUGGACGACGUUCCUCUCGGGCACGCGCUCAAAAGGAUGCUGGAGCACACGUAUGGAAAGAGGAUGACAGCGGAGCAACGGGCAGAGGCGGCGCGGCGGCUGCGGGAGCGCCGUGAGGGCCAGCAGGGUAAGAGUGGUAGAUACCGUGUGCGGAAGGGCAAGGGCACUGAUGGUAGCCCGAACUCAUCCGCCGACGGAGACGCCAUGACGGACGGCGACGACUCCUUCUUGUCCGGCGUGAAAGACGGCUCAUCCAAUGUCGGCAGGACUGGACAACAUCGACGGGUUCCAGCAGACAAAGGCUCCCGCAGUGGGGCCGCCUCCCAAAACUCGAAGUGCGGCGUUAUCGUUGUGCAGGACCUGUCGCCGGUCCAACUCGUGUGUGACCAUAGCAUGUUCCCGGUGGUGGACACGCCAAUGCUCUCUGCGGGUGCCACGUCGCACAACUGCGACGACCCUCUUCUCACCUUUGCAGCUCCUGGUCAUCGCUACUCGACAAGCGCCGACGGAGGCAGUCUGCGACACAGUGGUGGUGGGGACCACCUGAACGCCACGUUCCUCGCCGCACUCUCACUUUCCUCCCUGGGCCACACCAUGACCGUCGAUGAGGCCGAGGCGCACCGACGCAAGCGGCACUUCCACGUCGGUUUCGAAAGCUUAAGCACAGGGAGUAGACCAGGGGGCGGUGAUGGGCCUGCAGGGCUUAGCGAGGUUAGGCGCAGUGGUUCUGGCACUAUCGACGGCCGCGGCGCAUACGGAUCUGUGUCGCUGCCAAGCUCUGGCGAGCAGCACCGGCAGCUUAGCCACACUGCCUGCCUCUACACAGAUGAAGAGACUGUCGUCGUUGACAAGCGGCUAUCAGCCGUUGCAGGAGAGCUGCAGGAUGGCGCACAGUACGCAUCGUCGGUCGCCCCUGGCGCAAGGGGUGGCAGCGGUGCAGCAGGUGGCCUUGAUGACGGCGGCCGUUACACCGCAAGUCGAGCUGGCGAAGGAAUUUCCUCGGCGACAGGUCAGGGCACGGACGAAGGGCUCACAGCAGAGGAGACGCAGCAGGGCAUCUUGGCAUCUCUCUCGGGGGCCUCCAUCUCUGUCACCGUCACCUCAGAAGACGACUUGAUGGUCCCCCUCAAGGACAACGGCGACAGCGGUAACCUCGACGAGUUCCUCACACACUUCCCUGAGGAGGAGAACCAUGUCCGCCUGCGUCGAGCCGCCAAGAACAUCCUUGACGGCGUGGAGAACAUGUGGGACGAGGACGACAGCAGCCGCAGCGCCUUCCUGUUGCCAAAAUUCCUCAACCUGAAUUUCCAGUUUCCGGGGCUUGACGACGUCAUCGGCGGCUCCGAUGGACUCGAUGAUCACAGCGAGCACGACCAGGGCUCAGCAGACGACGAGCACGAGUCGUUUACCGGCUUUGGCGUCAACGAGGCGGAGCUGAACGAGAAGUUUCGUAUUGAAGCGGAGGAAGAGUGCGGCGACGUUGUGGCUCAGCGUGACGCGCUUCUGGCGGAAAUCGAGGCUCAACGCCAGCUUCUGGACAACAUGGGUGCGGAUGCACACUACCUCUCCGUUGGACAGGCGAGCACCGGCAUGACGGCGGAGCAGUAUGCCAUCAUGCUCACCGACGAGGUGAGCCGGUACGCCAAGUCGAAUCAGCUUCACCUGAACCACACUCUGGAAGAGAUGUCUGAGCAGCAGAAAGAUGGCGAGGCGUGGACCACUAUUGAGCGCGCUGCGUACGGCUUUCUCGACCGAUUCGGGAGGGAGCGAACUGCGACAGCGGACGUGGGCUGUCAAGUGUGUGACGCUGACCUGUGCUACGUCGACGCCGCUGUGCGCUCGACUGAGGAGCAGCUAGAGGACUUGUUCAUGCAUGAGAAGGCGCUGGUGAACGCUGUGCGGCUCGCCACGGUGGCGGUGGCCAACAUCAUGACCUUUCACGCCUCGCUGGAGAUGGAGUCGACGUGCCACGAGUGCUUCUUCGUCUUCGACAAGCCGCGGACGCUCUGGCCGUGCGGGCACACCUUCUGCCUCUCCUGUCUCUCCAACAUGUACAACCGUCGCGGCGAGCUCAUCUGUUCCGAGUGCGGGUCCGUCUGUGAGGUCGGGUACACCCCCAACGUUUCCGUUGAGCUCGUCGCCAACUACCAGACACUGUGCAAGCGCACCGAAUCCAACGAAGACUCCGAGCCUGAUGGCUCUCUAAAGAAGGAGUGCAAGCCACAGACGGUCGAGGGUGUUCUGCGCAGUUUGCUGAACGACCUGCUCUCGGCCCAGAGCAGCUGGACCGCCAUGCCCUCUGAACACUCCCCACUGAGGUUGGGAGUUGGCGCAUGA